CUUUUAUGGCAGUUCCCAUUGGCCCUCCUUUGUCCCGCCCCCUGAACCAAGUCAAUGUAUUGGAUUCUGGUGCCUAGUCAAUUGUUUGCAGGUUUUCUCUUUGAAGUGUGGGAUAGAGUCACUGUUGUCCAGACCUUGUUCCAGGUUAUAGACAAUACACAGGAGUGAUAGCUGCCAGUAUCAGGGAGAUGCCGGAGGGCCCUUCAGUGAGAGUGUUUCACUCUGUUACAUCCCCGUUUGUUGGUAAAGUUGUGCAGAGAACCUCAGGUAGCACCAAACAAGUGUGCCUGCAACAAUUUGUGAGUCUGAAACUGCAGCACAGUGAAGUGCAUGGCAAAAACCUCUUCCUGGGUUUCACAUCUGCUGGUCAUGGACUGGGAUCUGAUUGUCCGAAACUAGUGAGAACACAUGGCCAGAAGAUACCGGAUCCAGCCUGGAGGCCAGCACUGGGCUCUCCCAGCAAGCAACAAGUAAUGGAAGAUGGCCGCUUGAGAGAAGAGCAGGAGGAGGCUAGGGAAAGCUGUGCUCUGUCCUUGGGGCAAGGCCAGUUGACCCCUCAGCACAAAAGGCUAUGGCUGCGAUUUCACUUUGGGAUGUUCGGAAGUGUCAGAGCCAAUGAGUUUUCGCGGGCAAAACGUGCCAAUAAGAAGGGAGACUGGAAGGAUCCAUCACCAAGAUUGGUGCUGUACUUCCCGGGACGACAGUUUCUUGUGUUCUAUAAUUGCCGGAUUUGUCUCUGUAACAGCCCUCCCUCUGGACAUACCUGCGAUAUCCUACACCCAAAUUUCAACAGAAAUCUGGCAUUACAGGCUCUACGACAAGCUCAGCCUGUCUGCUACACCCUGCUCAACCAGCAGCUGUUCUCUGGCCUUGGGAAUAUCAUUAAGAAUGAGGUGCUGUACCUGUCUGCGAUUCACCCCAUGUCUCUGGGCUGCCUGCUCCAUGUUGAGCAACUACAGACGCUGCUGGACAACGUGAUCCAGUUCAGCCACGAAUGGCUGGACAAGAAGGUGAAAGGCAAAGGCUUAAAGUACCACAUCUAUCAGAGAGAGCAGUGCCCUCAGGGUCAUGCUGUGGAGAGGGCAGACCUGGGAGCACCUCGUUGUCUUCAGCGGCCUACAUGGUGGUGUCCUGUGUGCCAACCUGCAGUGCAUUGAGAGCUGAUAUAUCGUCAAACAGUUCACUAGGUCCCAGAGCAUGAGCGACCCUUGGCUGGAUGGCAGGAUCUCUUCAGGGAUUUUGUUUGUUGUUAUUUUGUUUAUUGUUGUUGUUUUUUCUGCAUAAAUAAAAAUAUACCUUCUG